GGGAAGGAGCUCACUAUUUCCUGACAGGAUUGCUGAUAGGAUCUUUGCAAGGAUACUCCAGCCAAUGUUAACAGGAGAUAGAGCCAGCGUGGGUUGCUCACCCUGUCAGUCGAGUCCCUAAACAGUUGGACAUAGCUUUGUGCAAAAUCAGCUUAAGCAGAUAUUUUAACACUCCGACGGGAGGUGCCAGUGAGAUCUUUACUGCCAGAUAAGUCUGCGUAGAAUUGUAGCCUUCCUUCGUUGUGAAAUCCAACAAGGGUGGGGGUUUCUCUUCCGACGCCGCCACUUCUGCUGUUUGGAAGGACUUCAUCCGGAAAGCAACUACGCUGCCUGAGGACAGCAGAACAAGAACGAGGCAGGUCCUGGAAAGGAAAAGAAAUCGGAUUGUCUGCUGAAAGGAAUCCCCUACAAGCUCAGAAGGACAGCGGCAUUUCUCAUUCUUCCACUCUCCGUGUACUGAUCGGCGGAAGGAUUAAGGAAGAAAAGAUUUAAGCAAAGGGGCGGAACCUCUACCCAGGAAUCGACCUGUGGUGAAGGAAGGGGCUUCGCGUGGCAAGCGCACAUACUUACUUCUCAUUUUUGGCAAUGAGAGGCGGUACCUGGAGAGGUAGGCGCGCGUGGGACGCUCCGGGCAAGAUAUAGCGGCCCCCUGCAAGGGCGCUCAACCUUUGCCACCCGCCCUAAAUUGCUUUGGUAGAGAGGAGGGGAUUUCAGUCUAGGCAGCUUCUGUCCCUCCUCCUUCAGGGAAGGGCUGCGGGCCGAGUUGCUGCUUUGCAUGCAGAAACUCUACGGCCCAAUCCCUAGUGCCACCAUAUAGGGCUGGGAAAGACGCCUGUUUUUCUGGACAUCUCGCUGGUACCCUCCGAAGUUGUUCCCGGCUGGACACACCUCCUCACUCUAUUGCUGAUUAGGACAGCCCACAGUAAAAGCCUUGGGCCAACCACUGUGUCUGUAAUAAAGCAUUUUCAUUGGACACACCUGGAGUGGCAAUGGAGUUGAUGGCCAAUCAGUUUUGAAGUAUGUUUGAAGCUGACUUCAAGGGCAAGACCACAAUGCUUCAUUGUCACCUAAUAUUUCUCAUUGGAAUGACACUUGUAUACAGAGAAAUAUGUGCAGUUCCUCAGUGUGCCGUAAAAGAUGGACUUGUGUACUAUGAUGCAUGCAACCUCACAGAGGUUCCCCCUCUGCCUGAAGACAUUGUUUUACUCUCCCUAAAUUUCAAUUUCAUCCAAGAAGUGAAUUCCUCCUCCUUCCCACUGCUGAAACGAUUGCUGAUUUUGUCACUUGGAAGCCAGAAAAUCUAUCCUGUAAUAAUAGGAAAAGACACUUUUAGGAACUUGCCAAAUCUUCAGCAACUGGAUUUAGGUUUCAAUAACAUGAUUGUGUUGGAUCCACAAGCUUUCAGGGGCCUGGCAAACUUAAAUAAGCUUCUGCUAUAUAAAAAUGGUCUUAAUGGAUCCAUUCUGGAAGAGGAUUACCUUCAAGAUUUGGUCUCUUUGGAAUUUCUGGAUCUUGCAUUCAAUGAGAUCACUAGAGUUCGUCCUCAUCCUUCAUUGUACAACAUGCAGCACUUGAGACUUCUGAACUUGAAAUUAAACCACAUUGAGACCAUAUGUGAAGGAGAUUUGGACAGCUUUCAUGGAAAAGUCUUCACAGUGUUGAUUAUCAAUUCUAAUGGGUUGUAUCGAGGAAAUUCUCAGGACUGGGCAACUUGUGGGAAUCCUUUUAAAAACAUUAUCUUAGAUACGUUGGACGUUGGUGGUAAUGGCUGGGAUGUAGCAACAACACAGCAAUUCUGUACAGCUAUUCAGGGAACUGCGCUUGAGAGUCUGAAGCUCUCAUCUCACUCGAUGGGCUCAUCAUUUGGCUUUAAUAACCUACAGGACCCAAACAAUGAUACAUUUGCUGGUCUUUCUAAUAGUGGUCUUCGCUUGCUUGAUAUUUCACACGGCUUUAUCUUUUCCCUUAACCCACAUGUAUUUCAGUAUCUCAGUGAUCUGAAAUGGCUUGAUCUCAACAAAAAUAAAAUUAAUCAAAUUCAAAAAGGAGCAUUCUUUGGACUUUGGAACCUUCAGUACCUAAACCUGUCAUACAAUUUGCUGGGCGAACUCUUUACUUACACUUUUGAAGGACUUGAGAAUGUGCUUUCUAUAGAUUUGCAACAUAAUCAUAUUGGGGUGAUUGGUGGGGCUCCAUUUAAAGGUUUACCAAGGCUUCAGACUGUGAAUCUCGGGGACAAUGCCCUAAAAGUAAUCCUGUCACUUCCAAAUCUCUCCUUUGCUUUUUUAGCUGGCAACCGGCUACAAUCUAGAGACUACAACAGAAUAGUGGCUAUAAAUGCUACCUUCCUUGACUUGGAAGGAAACAGGAUGGACAAUCUGGGGGACCUCUAUGAACUUCUCCGAUAUCCCGUUUCACAGUAUAUCAUUUUGAGAAAUAAUCGCUUCUCAUAUUGUGACAAAUACAAUGAUAUAGCAGAAAACAACCAGUUGCAGUACUUGGAUCUUGGAGACAAUAUGUUAAAGCUUGUGUGGGAGAGACUUUUAUGCUUGGAUGUGUUCAAGGUACUUUCAAAGCUUCAAGUCCUGCAUCUCAAUAAUAACUAUCUUAGUUUCCUUCCAGAGGGUAUCUUUAGUGGCCUAGUAUCACUGAAGAGGCUUAACUUGGCUUCAAACCUGUUGACAUACAUUUCCCACAAUACCUUCCCUGCAAGCCUUAGGAAACUUGAAUUAUCAUCAAACCAGCUGCUUCAUCCAGAUCUUCAGCUCUUUGCAACUCUAGACUAUCUAGAUAUCACAUAUAAUAGAUUUUACUGUGAUUGCCUCUUAAGCAGCCUAAUUGUGUGGCUGAACCAAACCAAUGUCACCUUAGCUGGAUCACCAAAUGAAAUGUUUUGUUUUGGACCCCCUGAUUUUGCUGGCAUUCCCCUUUAUGCACUGACUGUUGAUAACUGCAAUGAAGAUAAGAUCUUGGAGCCUCUACAGUUGUCACUCUUCAUUUUUACCUGUGUUGUUCUGACAAUGUUCCUAAUAGCAGUGAUUGUCUUUACACGCUUUAGGGGAACUUGUUUCAUUUGGUAUAAGACUAUGUCAAGAGUGUUCUUGAAGGAGCAACCACCAGAGUUGGAUAAAAAGACAUAUAGAUAUGAUGCCUAUGUGUGCUACAGCAGCAAGGACUUUGAGUGGGUCCAAAAUUCCUUGAUAAGGCACCUGGACUUCCAGUAUUCAGACAAAAACAAAUUUGCUCUCUGCUUUGAAGAUAGAGAUUUUUUGCCAGGAGAGGAUCACAUCACCAACAUUCGCGAUGCCAUUUGGAACUGUAGGAAAACUAUUUGCGUUGUGACAAAGCAGUUUCUCAAGGAUGGCUGGUGCGUGGAAGCUUUUAAUUUUGCCCAGAGUAGGUAUUUUUGUGACCUGAAAGAUGUCCUCAUUAUGGUGGUAGCUGGAUCACUUUCUCAGUAUCAGCUUAUGAAAUACCAGCCAGUCAGAGCAUUUUUGCAAAGGGGUCGAUACUUGAGGUGGCCAGAAGACCCCCAAGAUGUGGAGUGGUUUCUGAAUGCACUUUCUCACCGAAUAUUAAAGGAGAAGGAAGUUAAGAAGAAACCAAAAAAGAAGAAAGUUACGAAGAAACCAAAGGGGAAGAUGAACCCAAAGUCAUUGGAACUGAACAUUGUAACUGUCUCUUAGCUGGUAGUUUGGCUGGCUGCCAUUUCAAUAGCAUGGUAGUUAAUUCUCCAAAGAAAUGUGCUAUUCAGUUCUUACAACAUGCUGAGCCCUAAUCUCUAUACAUGAGCAAGGCAAAUCUCACAUUGAAAUGGCUGUAUGUGAACACUGGUGAUCUUCAUGUCAUUUCCCCUUUCACUGCCAAGGCUUUUCAAAGAUCAGCAUGUUUCACCAGAGGGAUCUUGUACAUAAAAGUCUGGGUAAAAUUAAAGGGCUAUUGCACAUUUAUAGUAAUAAUUAUGUGACCUAUAACUUUUGUUGGUUAAAGGGUUAUUAAAUUAUUGACUUGUUUAGUCAAAGAAAAAAAUUCGCUACUUUGCAGUUAGACUUGAAGACACAUUGCCAAUCUGCAGCCCUGGUGGCUUCAGAGACUUAGGAUAGAGACACACAUUGUUGCGCCGGUUCCAGUGCGUCCCCACCUCUCUUUUCUGAAAAAGGGAGCACACAAUGGUAGUCAGCCUCCACCCCCUUUUAGUCUAAACCUAGUCGGAUCAGCUUGAGUGCAUUUUUUAAAAAUUUGGCUUCAGACAGAUUUUGCAACUGAUUGGCAGAUCAAGCUGUCUGCCUUCCAGGUGUGGUCAAUGGAAACACUUUGCUGUAGGCUCAGGCAGAGGCAGUGAUGAGCCGAACACUUUGCUGUGGGUGGUCCUGAAAGUCAGUAGUGGGGAAGGGAGGUAUGCCAGCUGACAGCAGAGUCGCUUCAAAUCAAAGCCAGAAAAAACAUUCUCACUGCUUUUGAAGCGACUACUACACUCACAGCCUUAAAUUGAAACACAGGAUGGCUAGAUUUUUCCAUUGUGCCUUUUUCAGCACUCAACAGAGCUGGUUACUGCAUCUCAAGCCUAUCUUCUUCUCAUUAUCAAUAUUUUAAAAACUAAUUGUUUCAGUGUCUCCCAGUCAUGACUUUGUGACUCAAAGGAAAACUAUUUGGUUCUUCAUCACAUGUUGAAUGUACAUGCACACAUACCCAGUGAGAAAGUGGCAUCGUUGUGGCAAGCUCCACUUCUGACCUGUGAACGUUCAUUAUAAUGUAAGGUGAGGACCACCUGCAGAUACCUUCUCAUCAGGAAGUCCAUUCUGCACAACAUAGUGGGCCUUUAGUGUUGUGGCACCGACCUUUUGGAAUUCACUCCCCUCAAAUAUUAGACAGGUGCUGUCUCUGUUGUCUUUUCGGCACCUGCUGAAAACCUCCCUCCUUCAACAAGUCGUUUAAUAUUAGACUCCAGUGUUAUAGCAGGUGAUUCAAGCGGGGUAUCCAGAGCACAGCCUUGUCCCAAUUUCUUGGAUGAGUUUCAGUUGGUGCAGCUUGAUGACGUUGACAUGGUGCUUGGACAGGUUCAUGCAACCACUUUUGUGCUGGAUCCUUGCCCUUCGUGGCUAAUAAAAGCUAGCAGGGAUGGACUAGCCAGCUGGGCCAGGGAAGUGAUUAAUGCCUCUCUGCGAGAGGGGGUGGUCCCUGGCUGCCUGAAAGAGGCAGUAGUGAGACCACUCCUGAACAGACCCUCCCUGAACCCAGAAAAUCUUAAUAACUAUAGGCCGGUAGCAAAUGUUCCAUUCCUGGGCAAGGUCCUUGAACGAGUGGUGGCAGGCCAGCUCCAGACACUCUUGGAUGAGACCGAUUACCUGGAUCCAUUUCAGUUGGGGUUCAGGCCUGGUUUUGGCACGGAAACAGCCUUGGUCGCCCUGUAUGAUGACCUCUGUCGGGAGAGAGACAAGGGGAGUGUGACUCUGUUGAUUCUCCUUGAUCUUUCAGCGGCUUUCAAUACCAUCAACCAUGGUAUCUUUCUGGGAAGACUGGCUGAGUUGGGAGUGAGAGGGACUGCAUGGUGUGGUUCCGCACCUACUUGGUGGGUUGGCUCCAGAAGGUAGUGCUUGGGGAACAUUGCUCGGCACCCUGGACUCUCCAGUAUGGGGUUCCACAGGGGUCAGUUCUGUCCUCCAUGCUGUUCAACAUCUACAUGAAACCGUUGGGUGUGGUCAUCCGGAGCUUUGGAGUGCAUUGCCAUCGGUAUGCU